CACAGCGCUACCUGUGUGUCCGCGUGGUUAUACUCAGACCGUGUUUACAGCAUUACUGCUGUAUUCCUCUACAGUACACAAAUACAGGGGAGUCGUUUAUUACUGCAGUGUGCAGGGACUGAACCAGCGGAUUUAUAGCGGGUGAUGUCUGACAGCGUGCAGGACGGGAGGAAGAGGAGUAAGAGGAGGUAUGGUGCCCCCCAGGCGGGCGGAAAGCGGCGGAGAGGUGGCAGGGAGCUGGAGCCAGGCAUGCAGGGCAUCCUCAUCACCUGUAACAUGAAGGAGCGCCGAUGCACCGCCGAGGCCUACAGCCUGCUGAACGAGUACGCAGACCAGCUGUACGGUCCAGAACAGUUAGCAGACCCUAAUGACAGCAGCAGUGAGGAUGACGUGGAGGCAGCACUGCAGAAGGAGGUGAAACAGUUCCACUCGACCACAGAGAACCAACAGAGACGCUUUACAGCUCUCGAGAGUGGAGCAAAUAACGUCUUGUUCAUCCGCACACACAGCAUUGACCCGGGUCAGUUAGUGCACUCUAUCCUGCAGGACCUGUACAGUACUCGGAGGUUGAAGUCGAGGGUGAUAUUGCGGAUGUUGCCGGUGUGUGGGUCGUGUAGAGCGUUCCCUGAAGACAUGCUGAAGUUCCUGUCUUCGUUCCUGCAGCCGUGGUUCCUCUCUCCGAACCACGCCUCCUACCAGAUCUGCUUCAAAUCCCGCAACAACAGCCACAGCAAGAGGGACGACGUCAUCAAGAGCAUCGCUGGUUUGGUGAACCGGCUAAAUCCGAAGAACAAAGUGGACCUGACCAAUCCCGAGCUCAGCGUCAUCAUUGAGGUGAUAAAGUCGGUGUGCUGCGUCAGCGUGAUCCGAGACUACAAACGCUUCCGAAAAUACAACCUGCAGGAAGUGGCCAAGGGCCCAGCCACCCAGGAGUCAUCCAAACAGGAAGUGGCAAAGGACCCGGCCACCCAGGAGUCAUCCAAACAGGAAGUGGGGGAAAAUGAAGCAAACCAGGAAGUGCUGAAAGACUUGACCAGUCAGGAGCAGGGCCAACAGGAAGUGGUUGAGAGCAAAGCCAAUCAGACAGAAGAGCAGAAUGUGGGCGGGGACAGUGGGAUAAAAAAGGAGGAGCAAGAGUAAUUGAAGUUUUGUUCCAAAUACACG